AUGGGACUGCCACCAUGGGAGACGAGCGACGACCAGCUCUUUGCAUUGGUCACUGGCGCGAACAGCGGUCUAGGUUUCGCAAUCGCAUCCCGCCUCAUCGAUGAGUUCUUCACCUCGCCCUCCACCACCCCCAAUCGACAUCUCAUCCUCAUACUAUGUACGCGCUCGCCCAUGAAGACACGCUACACCAUCUCCCGACUCCGCGCACACCUGAGAAUACUCGUCGACCAUUCCCAAUGGGCGAAGCAGCAGCGGGCGAAAGCUGCAGAGCAAGGCGGCGAGUACAGGUGGGAGGAGACGGUGCAGAGAGUGCAUUUCCUCGGCGUCGAGGUCGACCUCUGCGAUCUGCGCAGCGUAUACAGACUGGCGGAUAAGCUGGUCAAUGGCACCGUGGGCAGCCCGGAUGCGACCUUGAUGGAUGGCGGCAAGCUCCCGCACGGGUCCCCUGGAACGGCGAGCUACGACCCCGAUAUGAAGCAAGAUAGAUGGGCGUUGAGUCAGGAACCCGGAUCAAUCGGCGCUCAGAGAUCUUGGGGAUGGGGGUUAAGCGGGCUGCGGAUACCUAGAUUGGAUGCCGUAAUCCUGAGUGCUGGAAUCGGUGGUUGGGUAGGUCUGAACUGGCCACUGGCCGUGAGGACGGUCAUGUUCGAUACCGUAGAGGCGGUGACUUGGCCGAGAUAUAAGGUGUCGAGUCUCGGGUCUUUGGUGAAGAACCCGACUGGGGUAAAGGAUGAGGCAAGCCAACCUCUGCUCGAGAACCAAGAGAAACCAGACGAGCCACCCUUGGGCGAGGUCUUCUGCGCGAAUGUGUUUGGUCAUUAUAUACUUGCCCACGAGCUGAUGCCACUGCUAUCCCGCACGGCGACUCCUUCAUCUACUACUUCUGGGAAGAUAAUAUGGGUAAGCAGCAUCGAAGCCGUCGACGACAAGUUCUCAGUCGACGACAUCCAAGGCCUGGAAUCUUCAGCUCCCUACGAAGCCUCGAAACGACUUAUGGACCUUCUCGCCCUGACUUCAAGUUUGCCUUCAGUCCAACGACUAGCCGGCUCUUACUUUGACAGUUCGAAUACGACGACGGCAAAGAAGGGAACAGCAGAGGAGUCGGGAGCCCUGAUCCAACCUCAAAUAUACCUCACCCACCCAGGAAUCUUCGCCUCGGAGAUCAUGCCCCUCCCUUCGCUCUUGGUCUUAAUCUACAAACUCGUCUUCCUGUUCGCGAGGUGGAUCGGCAGCCCUUGGCACCUCAUCGAGCCCUACAAAGCCGCCGUGGCGCCCGUCUGGCUCUCGCUUACCCACGUCGAGGAGUUGAAUGAUGCAGAGGGAAAUGGUCUGAAGAAGGCGAAGUGGGGAUCUGCAACCGACACGGGUGGCGGGGAACGGGUGAUGAAGACUGAAGUUCCGGGCUGGGGAUGGAAUGGGGACGUGGAGGAUACCGCUGAGAUUCAGAAGCGCAAGGGGAGGAAGAGGGAUGCUGUUGACCUGACGAAGGAGAGGAGGGAGGAGUUUGAGGUGCUGGGUGGGAAGUGUUGGGCGCAGAUGGAGGAGCUGAGGAAGGAAUGGGAGGGCAUUCUAGGGGUAAAUGAUAACAAGUAG